CGCAUUCCCCCUGGCCUGUAACGACAGUAUCCCAUUAAUAGAAUCCGUUUCACUCUUUGUAUGUGACCGGAUGAAUCUUUUGAGGGGGAGGAGUCGUGGAUAUAGGGUUGAGUAACGCUCAGUAAUUCAUUCUCAUCAACUCAGCAUCGGGCGGCGAACUCGUGAGUGGCGAAUCGAUCAUGAGUGACGAAAAAACGAGCGGUUUGUUAACCUCGAUUGGACAAGUAACCGUCGGAAAGACGGAUGUGGCGAGACCCACAUGGAGCGGGCGGAUGGAGUUCAUUCUGGCCACGGUGGGCUAUGCGGUCGGGCUUGGCAAUGUCUGGAGGUUCCCCUACCUGUGCUACAGUAGCGGUGGAGGAGCUUUUUUGGUGCCCUAUCUCAUGAUGGUAUUCUUGUGUGGCAUCCCGCUGCUUCUUAUGGAGUUUGCGAUUGGCCAGUUCACUCAUCUAGGGCCAGUGCACGCCCUAGCCAAAGUCUGCCCUCUGUUAAAAGGUGUUGGCCUUGCCACUGUGGUUAUAUCCUACGUCUUCUGCACCUACUACAAUGUGCUCAUGAGCUGGGCUCUUUUCUAUUUGUUUCACUCCUUUGGAGCAACACCUCCUUGGAAGACUUGCAACAACAGCUGGAAUGUCUUUGAGAACUGUUCCAGUGGUUUCCCCGGCAAUGCCACAGAUAUGCAGUCGGCGAGUCAACAGUUCUUUGAUCGCAGGCUUCUGGAGAAAACCAGUGGCAUCGAAGAUGUUGGUGGCUUUCAGUGGGAACUCUUUGGCUGUCUCUUACUUGCCUGGGGCUUUGUGUAUUUAUGCAUUUUUAAAGGAGUCAAAUCAUCUGGCAAGGUUGUUUAUUUCACUGCUACAUUCCCAUACUUCAUCUUGUUCGCCCUGCUCAUCAACAAUAUGCAGCUUCCCGGUGCCAAGGAGGGUGUCCUGUACUUCGUGACUCCUGUCUGGAACAAACUUUUUGAAGUCAAGGUUUGGGUUAAUGCAGCAGCCCAAGUGUUCAAUUCCCUGGGAAUUGCUUUUGGUUCCAUGAUUUCACUGGCAAGUUACAAUAAGUUCAACAACAACAUCAUGAGAGAUGUUUUGAUUGUAUCAUUCAUCAACUCCUUCACAAGCAUUCUGGCUGGCUUUGUGAUCUUCUCAGCUAUUGGCUACAUGGCACACACUCAUAAUCUCCCCGUGGACAACAUAUCAACAGACGGUCCCGGUCUUGUGUUUGUUGUGUACCCUGAAGCCCUCUCCACUAUGCCGGCCUUUCAGCUGUGGGCUCCUCUCUUUUUCUUUAUGCUGCUCUGUCUUGGUCUGGACAGCCAGUUUGCCACACUUGAGGUGGCUUUGACGUUCAUAAAAGAUGAAUUUAGAACACAAAUUCUGCACUUUCUCAAGAGGGAAGAGCUAGUGGCCCUGCUUGUCUGUGUUGUCUCCUUUCUUUUUGGACUUCCACAUGUUACAAAGGGUGGUAUAUAUGUGUUUCAGUUGAUGGACCACUACACUGCUGUGGUGUCCCUCAUGUUCUUGGCUUUCUUCGAGGUUAUUGCAGUCUGCUGGUUGUUUGGGGUCGGCCGCAUCUCGCAUAUGAUUGAGAAGAUGCUCGGAAAGCCUGCGAACAUCUACUUUCGCGUGUGCUGGUUCCUUAUCUGUCCUUUGCUGGUGCUGUGCAUACUGGUCUCCAGCAUCAUCCAGUACACUCCUGUUCAGUAUGGGACAUAUAAGUACCCAUUGUGGGCUGAAGUGGUGGGCUGGGGCGUCUCACUGGUCUCUCUGAUCUGGAUUCCCAUUGGAGCCAUUCAUGAGAUCUAUAACAACAAAGGCUCUUUUCUCUCGAGACUGAAAACAGCUGUGACUACCACAGUAGAGAUGGCUGUUGAUGAUCCUCUACCUGAAAAACAAAAACUUGGCAGCUCGGUGGCGGAAACAGCAAGAGAACACAUUGACACAGUACUUUGAGGGGUAUGGUAUUUUAUUUUUUAUUUUUAUU